CAUGCAAUGGAAAGUCUGCCCUGAACAGGAUGUAAUGCACCAAUUGUAUUUUUUCCAGUGGCGGUCGCAGCGCCAAAUCUUGGAGUUCUCCACGGCUCAGCGCCAGAGCGCAGCAGUCAAACAUGGAGACAGUGUUCUUCGGCACACUUAAUAGUACAAUCAAAUGUGGCGGUGGGGGAGGCAGCAGCAGUGCGUCGUGGCGUCUGGCGCAGGCCCGAGCCACGCACCGCACCAUCUGCACACUCCUGUUGGCGGCCCAUACUGCACUAGCAGCCGAGCUGGAAACCAUCAUGUCCAUACUGCCACCAUGGGCCACCAGUGCCAAUGCUACCAACACCACUUCCACCACUUCCACCCCACCCACACCCCAGCCGACGAGGCUAAAGGUGGAUAAUUUGUCAGAUGUUGCAAAGGCUGUGGACUGUGAGGAGGACUUUCUGGUGGCUGCCAACAGUGAUAUAGCACAGUUAUGUGCAGAAAAUAUCCUUCUGUGGCAACACUUUCUCUCAGUGGUAAUGAGCUCGGAACCUGUACGGCAACACCUGGCACGGCAACAUCACAUGCAAAGGGUAAAACGUUUUGCUGAGGCUUUUUUCGUCAUUGACAACCCCCGGCCAUCAGCAAGUGGUUGCUACGAUAGCAACUACCAGAAUUAUGUCAUGGUGUCUGAAGCUGUCAGGAGAUCUCGCUAUUUCAAUUCUCUGCCACCUCUUUCUAUUGAAUGUACUGAGAUGGAUGGAGAAGUCUCAACUUUACCAGUAAUAUUUGAGGACCAGUAUCAGCAUGUGGCAGAGUUUGCGAGAAGGAGGUCUAUUGUCAGUAGAAAAUCAGAAAACUACCUGAGCACAAAUGACAUACAAAUUGCCAUGGACCAAUUAGAUGCAGAGAAUGGCAAGCGGGAGGUGAUACCGCCUGAUGUAACAAGACCUGAACCGCAGACACGCAAUGGCCUAAAAGUGGAACCUCACAUUACAGUUCUGACGAAGAUGGAGGUCAAGUCGGCUAUUAAUCACGACACCAAGUCGCUCCCCGGUCAUGAUACGAAGCCUAUGACGAGCACCCUUUUUGACUCCAAGGCAGCUAGUAUGAGUGGUUUUGAGUCCAGAGCUACGACAAGCAGUGACGCGAAGGUGACAAAAUACGGGUCCACAAAGUCCACCAAGAAUCAGACUCUGGGUGUCAAAACAACAAUCCAAAGCUAUGUUAUAGACAAGGAAAAUGUUCAUACUAAAGAGUCCCAGAAUACCUUGAAAGCAAAGCCGGGAGAAGGUCGGUCUCGAAGCAGCGACUCCCGGGUAUCGUCUGUCCACAGUGGAGGCAGUGGCAGCAGCAAACACACUCUGGGUAGUGGGUCUGAGAGUGAUGAAAAGACGCUUGGCUCUAAGGGCUCCAAGGGCUCGAAAGGCUCAAAGGAGUCCAAAGGUUCCAAGGGAUCUGCAAACAAGGCAGAGUCGGAGCCAGAGGACAAGCCGCCAAUCCCCCCAAGAACAGACAAAAUGCCAAAGGACUUCAAGCCUCCCAUUCCCCCCAAAACUCACAAACUUCCAAUGGCACGAAAUAGUUUGAAGGAGAAAUUAAAGAACAACUUACGGUUAGAGCUGAGGCUUCCAGCUAAUCAAGGGUCUGCUUACAAAAGAGCAAAGUUUAAAGUCAAGCUCAUACAGCGUGCACAGCAGCUGCGCUCCAGUGGAUCCAGUAAUCACAAGAGCAAGCGUUCCCAGGCUAAUGCCAUUGCCGAAAAUGUUGUCCUCCUGAAGUAUCGCCGUCUGGAACCAUCUCUAAGCAUGCCUUACAACCUUGGGGCACAUACUCCUGGGAGUGGUAGUGGUGGUGGAGGGGACCAACCCAUGAGGCACUCACAGAGCACACUUUCCAUGCCUUCCUUCUUGUGGGAAGUGGCUAAUGCCUCAUCCCCUGGAAUCACAGAGUCAAUGCCAGAUCUUUUGGCAUCAGAUACAGAAUCCUCUUCAGAAAUCAACCACAAAGGACCACCACCUCCAAGACCUAUGCGAUUAGACAGAAAACCACCUGUUCUCUCUAAUGUUGAAGUUGGCCUUGUUUCUGCCACAGAUUCCACGUUACUACAGAUUGGAGGAGAGAAAGUAGAAUCAAUAACACUGAACAAAAAGUUGACAUCGCCAGUAAAGAAAACACCAGACAAUCCAAAACCUCUGAUCCUCCAGCAAGAUUCAUCUUCCAAUAGUGAUAUCACAUCAGAGCGUAGCGGUUGGGUCUCAAAUUCUAGUAGACAAAGUUCUGGUUCAUCAAGUGGGCAGAUCAGUCCUGAUUUAGACAUAAAACAGUUUCCUAUAAAAGAUAUGCUCACUGCAACUUCCACCACCCAGUAUAAGAAUGGAAGCAAAUCUAGUGGGCCAGACUCCAGUGCGAGAAACAACAACACAGGGAACGUUAAUGGAGUCAAAAUAAAUGGGACAAAAGUCAAUGGGUCUAAGUCAAGCAGAAGUAAACCAAGUGGAGGCAAGGCAAAUGGACCUCCUACAGCCAAGACACCUGUUAAUGAUGCACCUGUAAAGACAAUAACUGGAGUCAAGUACAAAAACAAAGGGUCAAGAAGUCCAGCCAACCAGAGAGUGAGUCGUUCUGAGUCCAGAGGACAGAAUCACAAAGCUGCUGGCAAGGAGGUUACACAGAGAUCAGCCUCUAAUGAUCAGUUACAGGUCAAACAAAGAAAGAGCCCACACAGGAAGGAAGUUAAAAAGUCUCAGUCGCUGCAGAGAGUAAACCAUUCUAAUCGACCAGAAUCUCAUGUGUAUGAGGAAGUGCCGCUUCCACCUCCCCCAAAGGAAUUUCAGGACCCAUCACCUGCUCUCAGGGAAGCUUUAAGACGUGGGGGGUUUGCAACUACAGGAAGAAUCCCCAGGGAGGACAGAGGAGCCAAACGUGCUGCCAUUACAGCAUAUAAGGAUAGACCGAGGAGUGAAAGCCCAAAGACUGAAACUGGCAGAGCUCAGAGAGAUGAUGACCACAAGACUGAAAGAAGUCAUGGAAACAGUUCCAAAACCAUCACACCGAGACACAGCGGAGAGUUUGAACUUGAAGACAUUAGCCAUGUGUAUGAAAGUGUAAGUGAAGUUUUGAAUGAUGUAAAGAGAAGUUCUAGGAAAUCAGGUCAUGUACAUGACAAAUUCAAUUCUUUGCCCUCAAUGAGGAGAAGAAACCAACAGACAACAACAGGUACUGGUAGACCGGAGAAGAGGGGACCAAGCAGAAAAACAGCAGGAACACCGGACCGUUUGUCAGAACCAACACCUACAAAACUCAACCAACAUUAUAUUAAUGGAACAGAACGUGUUAGGACACAGUCUGCACCUCCUCCUAUCAUUGAUAAGAGUGACUCUUUUAAGGAUCACUCUAGCUUACGCGAAGCAAGAGAAACUAGGUUACAAAAAAGAUCUGACCCCUUUUCUACCAAAUCUGAACCUCCAACUCAUUUGGCAGACAGUAAGUGCACCUUGUUAGAACUCUUCCUGGAACAGCAAGGAGCAAGUGUUUGGGCUCACCGUGAAGCACAAAGAGAACUCCUGAAGGCAGCACAGAAUGCAGCUAAAAAGGAAGCUGCUGUUAAUGCAGAAGCUCAACUGCAAGAUGUUGCCAGGAAGGCAGAGGAGCAGGCCAAGGGAGGUUCUGACAUGAAAGUCAAGCCAGAUAUUAUGAAUGAUGCAUUUGAUGACAGCAUGUCUGACAUUCCUCCGCCUCCAAGACCUCCAUCACCAAGGGACAGAGGGGAGCCAAAGUGCACGUGCCCGUCUGAACUACGUAAGGAGCGUGGCCGGCUAGAGGAUCCACCAGACUUACUACCCCCGAAAUUAGUUCCACCAGUAGCCGACACUCUUGCAUUCGUCAAGGCAAAAGAAGAGUUCAUGCAGCAAAUAAACUUCCAGGGCCUUCUGUAUAGUGAUUUUAGUGGCUUGGCCUCCACUGUACCGUACUUCCAUGUGAGUGAUGACUGUCGAGUGCUGUCACCAGAUGGUCUUCACUUAAUCAUUUGUGUUCAUGGUUUAGAUGGGAACUCUGCUGACCUUAGGCUUAUCAAGACUUAUUUAGAAAUAGGCCUUCCAGGAGCUAAUCUAGAUUUUCUCAUGUCGGAACGAAAUCAGGGGGACACUUUUUCAAACUUUGAAACGCUGACUGAACGUCUAGUUUCUGAGAUCCUGUACCACAUUGAGGCAUACAACCUCAACCCAAAGCGGAUAUCCUUUGUGGGUCAUUCCCUAGGCAACAUUAUCAUCCGAGGGGCCGUGUCACAUCCGGACAUGAAGCCGUUCCUGCCCAAGCUUCACACUUUUCUCUCUCUGUCGGGACCCCAUCUAGGGACUCUCUAUAAUAAUAGUGGCCUCGUUAACAUGGGAAUGUGGUUUAUGCAGAAGUGGAAGAAAUCAGGGUCUUUGCUACAAUUAUCCCUCAAAGACAGAGUUGAUAUACGCCAAACAUUCCUAUAUAGACUCUCUCAGCGUUCCCAACUCCACCACUUCCGCAAUGUGUUACUCUGUGGUUCGUCGCAAGACAGAUAUGUUCCGCUACACUCUGCAAGGAUUGAACUCUGUCGUCAGGCUGUCAAGGAUACUUCUGUUAUGGGUGCAGCUUACCGCGAAAUGGUGUCCAACCUCCUUCAACCAAUCAUCAGCUCUCCGUCUGUGACCCUCGUAAGGUAUGACAUCCACCAUGCUCUGCCCUCGACUGCCAACUCCCUCAUAGGCCGAGCUGCUCACAUUGCUGUCCUGGACUCGGAACUCUUCAUUGAAAAGUUUCUUUUAGUGACGGGAUUGAAAUAUUUCAAGUAAUUUCUAGCUUUAUAUGUAGCAUUUCAGGUAUUCAUAUUUUCUACUUAGCCAAGUAAGACGUUUGAGUAAAAAAAUAAAUAAAAAAAAAUUGCAACGUGUGUGAAAUAUGUAAAAAUUGUAAAUAGGAAAAUUUUACACUGGUAUCUAUGACGAGGAGAGAGGUGUAGUGGAAUUUUGUCUUUUUUAUUUUAUUUAUUAUUUUUUUAAGCAUUUAUGUAUAUUUAGGAAAAGGAUAGUGUUGUGGGUCAAGUGUAAAGGAGCUUAUAGUAUGUAUUGGCAGCUAUGAAAAACAGAAAAUGCAGUUGUUAGGAGACUUUGAAAGCUUGAUUUUUACACGAUUAUGGAGUGGAAAAUCAGGAAUCAUUAUGGUUGUGAUGAAAAGAUUCUAAGGAUGUGUAAAUAUUUUUAAAUACUUGAUGUUCCUUAAGUAUAAGGAAGAUGUCAAAGAACUCAUCACAUUAGAUAGAUGUAUUACUUUAUAUUGAGAGUGUGUUUAUAAGACAGUGUCUUAUAUGUUGUCAAUGUGUUCAUAGCUUUUGGCAGCCUUUAGGUUAACAGGACAUUUACAGAGAAUGUAUUGAUGAUACAUUAAAGGAAAUCCCCCUAUCCUCUCUUGCUAGUAUUGGGCUCACUAAAGUAGUGAAGGCCAGUGGUGCAACAUUACCAGAGUCUAGGAUUGGAGUAGAUACGUAAAUCUAUAGAAACACUCGUUUUGUAAAAGUUAAGAGAUUAAAAAUGAAUGAGAAGUAGAACUUUCAAUGAGCAAGCAUUGUUGUUAAAGCUAUUAAAUAUGUAUCUCCCCUCUGUUGGUUUACAAAGCUGUUUUACCAUCAUGUGAAUACAUCCACUUUUUAGACAAAAUUUUGCUAUGACUAUUCUUUUUCUAUUUUUUUGGUUUGUGUUCAUAUUACUUUUAAUUUUUAAUAGAGAUAUGAUCUAUGAUAUUGGGAACUUUGUAAUAGCAAAGACCAGUAGAAAUAAGAGUUUCUUCAGUCUGAUAAAGCUUGCUUCAUUUUUCCAUUAAGAAAAAAAAAAGUUUAAUUGUAUUUAGUGACAAUGUGACAGCAGGAGGAAUGGAAUAAUGUUGGACCUUGAAUGAAAUCUGGUAUUAGUUUAAUAAACUAAAGAAUGGGGUUGCAGGUGGCAUAAAUGUUGUAAAAUUUUCUUCGAGAGAUCUCAGUAUGCCAAAACUGGAGAACACAACACAUCAAAACACUGCUCAGCUUACCAUUGUGGUUUUAAGCCAUAGUUCCUGGUAUAAGGUAUGGCCUACCAUAUGCAUCAGGAUUUGUGGUGUUGUUUUGAUACCAGGAAUGUCAUAAUAUUCAUAAUAUUUGCAUUGUCAGAUGUUUUUUUCUCUUCUUUUUUUAAUGAAUGGUAAUUUAAUUUGUAAGUAAAAGAGAAAACCUGUUCGUGUUCAUGUUCAGAUAAGAACACUGAUAUGAAGUACAUGUAUGCAUGUAUGUGUGUAAGGCUGUGAAUGUAAGGAAUGAAUAUUAUUGUAUAAAGAGAAGUGAGUAUCACAUUAUUCUGCAAGGGUAUGGCUGAAGGUGUACAUGUACAAGAUGUGUUAGCAAAUGAGGUUUAUAGUCAUUUCAAAGUUUAUCAUCUACAUAGACUAUAUGUAAUCAUUUCCAUGUAUUGCUAGAAAUACCAAAGAUGAUAUAUCUUUUUUUUUGUUUUAAUUAAUAAACUUACAUUCUUGGAGAAAUGCUGACACUGUAAAAUUGGUAAUUUGUGUGUCUUAUUUGUUAAUGCUCGAAGGCAUGAUAUGAACAAUUUGCAGUAAUCAGUGAAAUGUAAUGAUGUACUGUGAUACAUAACUUGUGGUUCAGUACACCAGACGUUGGAGCCAGUGCCAUCUCUUUUACAUGAAAAGCUCAAUAUACAAAUAACUCUGGGAAUAUAACUUUUCACCAGUUUAAAAUAGUGCCAAGCUCUCUUUGAGUGAUACAUUAAAUCUGGCAGUAUUCUGUAAAGUACAUUGCAAAUUGUGUAAUUACAGUUUGGAUUUGAAAUGACAUUUAAGCAUUGUCACAUGCUUGGGAUGUUAAAUAAGUUGUAUCAAAUAUAUGAACCUAAUAGAAAUACUAUAGAAAUAACGACAAAAUAUAGAAGAAACUGUAAAGAAGAGAAAAGUCUAUAUAUUUGAUUGCUAUAACACUAUAUUAGACACAAUAACAUGCUUACUGCAACAUGUUGAUUUGGCCAUUAAUUCUCACUUCUCAGUCCUGAAUAAUUUACCAAAUCUCAGAAAGAACUGUCACAUACUUGAAUUUUUAAAAAUCUGGCAAGAUGUUCUGUUAACAGAGUAAAUGAAGGAUACUGAGAACACUACACAUUAUAGUACACACUGCUGUUGGCUCUCCACUUCAUAUUUGCUUGUGCAGCACAUAGCUACAUGCCACUCUCUUUAGACUUGACUUUCUACCAGAUGUUGGAAGACGACUUUCAGAGAGAAGAAUUCAAGAGCUUAAAUGAUGAAUCUGAAUGACUGUGGAUAGAUAUGACCAAUGUAAGUAAUCAUAAUUGAUAUACUGUAUCAUAUAAAUUGUUAUUGAGCGAUUCAUUUAUGUAUAUGUAAUGGGUAGAUAAAAUGCUACAUACAAUUAAACCUCUUUGAUAUUAUGAAGUUUGUAUAUAGUAAAUAGAACAGGAAUUUGAUUAACCAAAUAUAAUCUGCAUCAUAAUUAGAGCCAACUAUUGGAAUUCCAAUGCUUUUAGUAAAUCAUAAAGUGGUUUAGUAAUAUGUGACCUAUAAUGCCCAUUUGAUAAUUUUUUCAACAUUAUAAUCAUAAGAAUUGUUGAAGAAAAUAUUGAUUCUUUUAUAAGUGAUGUCAGGGUUUAUUCAGUGUGAUAAUUGAUGUAUAACUAAGUCAGUGUAUCAUAAUAUAUCAUGCUCAUAGUUCACUUUUUUUCAUAGUUAUGCAUUUGGUCGUGGUCAUGCAGCAAUGAUGUAAAAUAGGAUGUUUAUUAUUCAGUCAUCUAAAAGAGUGGAAGGGGUUACAAUUUUUUUUUCUUCUUCAUUUUGAUAGCAAUGCUGAAAUGAAAAUAAUUUUCAUGAUAGUUUACAUCCAAGUUGCUGACCCUUUUGUCUAAUUUCUCUUGAUGGUAUCAUAAUAAGAAGACCAUGUUUUUUUUUAAAGAAAAAUAAAGUAAUAAUAGCAAAACUAGUCACAGUUAUGUAUGGAGCUGGAAACAGAGAGACUGAAGUUUAAAAAGAAGAAAAUACACGACAAGAACAGAAGGUCUGGUUGCGCUUGAGGCCAGAGAAGGUUGUAUCAGUGCUGCUUGUUUCUUCUUAAAAAAAAAUGAUAAAAAAUAUCCUUUAUGCUUUAUUAGUAAGUAAUAGCUUUUCAUAGUACUGCCUUUGGUGUAAUUAGACAUCUAAGAUUUUGUUGUGCCCAGUGCUCAUUAAAUAAGAGUUUGGGAUUUUGACAGGUAUUUGAAUUUCCAACUGGGAUGUAUCACUGUAAGUACAAAGGAAUUUACAGUAUUAAUCUUCAAACACUUUACAAUUCAAUUGUAACUUUUUAAGAUGAGAAAUUUCUACCUGAAAUAAAACAUUGACAAGAAAACCAGAGGCUGGAAAUGUACAAUUUAUCUACAAAACUUGUUGAUAUUCAGUCUCAUCUAUAUUGAAAAUGUACGUAAUCAUACCUCAUUCACAACAACAGUGGUGAUUAACUCAUAUGUUGUUCUCUAAGCUUCUUUUAUCCUGGUGAUGUUCUUGUAUGUGGUCACAUUCUCUUUAACAAUAAAAUGUUCAUGCACUUUUUAUAUAAGAUUCAGAUGGCAAUUUUUUAGUAUUUCUAAAAGUUUGCUUUUUAUUUGUUAUUAAAUUGAUAGACAUACAUACUUUUAUCUUCUAUGAAUGGACCUGCUCUUCAGUUAUGGAAUAAUAAGCACAAAGAAACUGUAUAGAAGUAAAUAUCAUGCACAUCCAAGUCACUGAUUCACAGAAAAAAAAAAAAAAUGUGAGAAUGUCAUUAUAGGUGUACAAAUGUCUAGUCAUCGGCUCACUGCAAUAAAGCGGAAAAGUAUAUUGUGUGGUGCGACCAAGAUGACCUCUUAGCGUAGACACUAUGUGGCAGCAUGUACAUCCCCUGGGAGGCAAGGGCUGACCGUCCCACUGUCUGUCCCUUGAAAUUCACCUCAGAUUGUGAUAUUCACAAUAAAGUUUCCUAUUGA